AUGAACAACCGCCCGGACAAUACACGGGCAACCCCUCAACCGAGCCCGACGAGACGAGGCGGCGCACAAAAAAGAAAGGCUGGGGAGGCUGGUAUUUUCGGUACACAAUGGCACUCCAAGUCCGACGACAAUACUAAGCGCCAAAAAACCUCAACCACCUCGACAGCUACCCCUCUUCAACCCUCGAACGUGCAACCCACCACAGCACUGCAACCUUCUUCCACUCAACAAAAUCGAGCAGCCAAGUCCCUCGCACAUUCCACAAGCCAAAGACCUAUAUCGAACGCUUUGAAGAAUAAGUCGCGAGCUCCAUCUACAAAAACACCACACACCCAGUCCUCCGUCGCCAUGUCGCAACGGAAAUUACGCACCACAGAUAUAACAGUCCCACCCGCAGACCUCGUUCCCAUGAACUCCUUCCUACCGACUGCAACUGCAAUUGAGCCUCCAAAGCAAGUCGCGAAGAAGCGCGAUCCGGACCGUCCUCGCUUCACCGCGUCGUCCAAGCCAUCUCCGGCGAUUCUAAGAAUGAGAAAGAAGCGAGAACAAGCCGCGGCAACCAUACCUUCAUUAUAUUACGCCAUUCAUGCUCCACGCACUCCUGAUAUUGCUGCUUUGGGUAGAAAUCGGGGGGCUAGCAACAGCAGAAGUUUCCCGGUUGCGAUGAGUGCCAAGACCACAAAUUCACUACGCGAGGUUUUGGCUCACACCAAAACAACGACGCCCAUCAACGAAGCAGAGAAACCCCAACUGCACCCACAGCCAGCAAAGAGAAAGACGAGGGAGCGAGUUAUUGCCGAUAACCUUGAAGAAGGACCUUCCAAACGCCGAAAGACCUCCUCUCAUACAGCGAAAACCCCCUUAACCGACAACGAGCAUGGCCAUCCAGCUCCCGUGUCAAUGUCUGGUCUCCGGCCAAAUCAUAAAUCACGCUCUCAAUCAAAGCGAAAAUUGGACACAAUCGAGAACGAAGAUGCGGGAGGAAGCACCAAGCGCCCACGAAUUGCAUCCUCAUCGCCCAUAUCAAUCGUACAUCCUUCAGAAGAUACAUCAAUGGACGUUCCAGCAGCAUCAACUCCCACGGAAGAACCAAAUGCCAUCCCCGCUACACCAACAGAAUUCCAUAAAUUCAGGGAUCUUCCUCCAGAAUUGCGAACUCUAAUUUGGGAAUUUGCUGUCGCAGUUCCACGGAACGUACUUCCCUACAUCAAUUGGAAAGAGGCCGAUAAACGUGGAUGGAAAGACCUUUACAUGAGAAGCGCCAACCCUGUUCCGGCCCUUUUUCACGCUUGUUACGAGUGUCGCGAUAUCGCAACGAAGAAGUACGAAUCAAUUUCACCGACGUGGAAAAGAAGACGGAUCUACUUCAAUUAUAACGUUGACACUCUCUACAUCAACCACGUGAACUCGCUACUGACUUUGAGUAUGAGUGAUCAAAGGAAGAAGUUUCGCAACGUUGCUAUUCACGUACCAGAAAAUUACUAG